GAGAGAGAGGAUGUGUUGUGGAUGUGUGUAUUUCAGAAUUACAGCUAAUUUGAGUGUGUAAUAGUGAGAGCCUUGUAUCAAAACUCAAAUUGUGUGUAAUACACUACUUUUUAUUUCUUUUAGAAAAUGCACUCAAAGAUGACAGAGUGUCAAGGGCAACAGCACUGUGCAGGAAGCUGGUGGGGCACUUUUCCCACAGUUGGAAGAAGAAAGCAGCCCUGACGGAGGCACAGAGAGAGCUCAAACUCCCUGAGCACAACCUCAUAACGGAGUGCCCAACAAGAUGGGGUUCUAAAGAAAUGAUGAUUGCCAGAGUGCUUGAACAGGCCAAAGCCAUUUCUCAGGUAUUGUCUGGAGAUCGAUAUGCACGCUCCCUUAUCCCAACCUGGCAGGAUAUUGACGUGUUGGAGUCGAUUCACAAGGCACUGCAUCCUCUACUGGAGUUUACUGAUGCUCUUUCUGGAGAGGAGUAUGUAAGCAUCUCCUACCUCAAGCCAGUUCUCCACCUUUUUGCCACAUCAGUCCUGGCUGAAGAUGCUGAGGACACUGACCUGACUAAAUCAAUAAAAACCAAAGUCCUAGCAUACCUCAAUAACAAAUAUGGAGACCCAAACAUCCAGGAGCUUUUGGAUGUUGCCUGUUUCCUGGACCCUAGGUUCAAAAUACAGUACAUCAGUACAGACAACAUCCCUGCUAUCAAGACUCGUCUGAAGACAGAGAUAGUAGACUUGGCACAACGUACAUAUCAUUGGGAGAAGAGGUCUCGUACUGAAACUGUUCAGAUGCCUCAAAGUGCACAGUCCUUGGGGGAAAAGACGAAGAGGUCUCUUGGCAGUUUUUUCAAGACCAGUUCAGCCUCUCCUUCUUUGCCUGUAAAUCUUGAAGAUGUCGCAGAGGCAGAGAUAAACAAUUACCUGAUGACUCCUACCAUUGAUGGAGAAGAUGAUCCAUUGGCUUGGUGGAGGGUGCACAAGAUCAGCUACCCACAGUUGUGCACCAUGGCACGCAAGUAUCUUUGUGUACCUGCUACAAGCGCUCCCUCAGAGCGUCUUUUUAGCACAGGAGGGAAUAUUGUGACUUGCACUCGCUCAUCCUUGAAGCCAGAAAAAGUCAAUAUUCUGGUUUUCUUAGCAAAAAACCUGUGAGCCACUGAGAACAGAACUGUUGGAUAAGUAUGGCUGGCAGUGCCAUACUCGUAGUGAACUUUAGUCUGUGUGGUGUGUUAUUGUUGUGUACUUGAGAUAAGUGAGGCUCAUCUAUUUUAUAUUAUAAUAUUCAAAUC